AUGGUGCCGUGCCUCGCCUCUUCCUCCUCCCUCUCCUCCUCCUCCUCAGCGGCGGCGGGGGCGGCGGCGAGACCCCUCCUCAGCCCUCACCACCCCCGUGCUAUCACCAUAGACCCUCUCCCGCAGCACAGGAGCCCGAGCACACCUCCCUCUUCGCGGAGGAGGCCGGGAGGGGCAGGAAAAAAAUCAAAAAUUAAAAAAAAAAAAAUAGGGAAAGCGGCCCUAAAAAAAAAAAAAGCCCCCACCCCCCCUCACGGCUCCGAGGGAGCCGAGCCGCCUCUCCGGCGGGAACGAGGGACUUGGGGCGGGGAGCGCGCGGGCGCCCGGAGCCGCUGUCGCCGCAGGGCCCUGCGGGGAUGGGCCGCGUCCAGGUGGCCGAGCGGCCUCUCCGCUCGCCUCAGCGGCUCCGAGCCGCCCCCGGUAACGGAGGGCGACAACGGCGCGGGGGAGAAAAAGCCGCAGCUGCCCCGCUGCCCGCGAAGGGUGAGGAUCGCCCCCUUCCUUCCUUCCUUCUCUAGCAGCCCGAUCCCCCCCCCCGGCCGGCCCAGGCCGCUGUCGCCGUCACGGCUCGGGCUCCCCCGCGCCCGCCGCUCCCUCCUCUCGCUCCGGUCGCACAGCGGCGGCGGCAGCUCUAAUGUAACUCGGGGGCCGCCCGGUGCUCUCUCGCCGCCGCGGCAUGUGGACGCCGCUCAUUGGCGGCGCCGGGGCGCGGGGCGGGCAUCCUGGCGGUGCCGCCCGCGGGGCGGAGGCGAUGGCUGCGGCGCGGCCCCUGCGCAGCGCGGUCCCGCUGCCGCCCGUGCUCCCGCCCGGGGCCCGGUCGCGGUUGCGCCUCACGCAACCUCUGCGCUCGGGGACAUCCCCGCAGGUGCGGUGGUCGCUUUCCCGCCCCUGCUGCCCCGGCGGGAAGCGCCCCUGUCCCGGCCUCAGCCCGCGCUGAGGGGGAGCGGGCCUGAGGGGAGCUGCCCGCCAUAAAGGUCUUGGCGCGGGAGGCGGCGCGGAGCUGCCCCGGUGCGUGUCGCGACAGGACCGCCAGCCGUCCUGUGAGCACUGCCCUCGCCCUGUCGUGAUAGGAGCCUUAUCCAGUCCAGGGAGUUCUUGCACGGUGCCAUGAGCAGUUCCACCAUGGCACGGGCUUCUGCCAUCCGUGGAUUUGCUGAAUCACAAGGAGAAGUCACACUCUGACUUUUCAAGAUUGAAAGGAAGACGUGCAGGUGCACUCCAUGUAGAAUGAAUCCUGUUCCCUGAAAUGCAGCUGGAGAAGGAGGGCAGCUGAGGCCACCCCAGACCUCAGGAGAUUGAUAGUGUUGGCAGCUGAGCAUCUAAUUAUGGAUUAUUUGGGUCGGACUCUUUUAUCCCAGGUCCACGUAGAUCUUGCUGUAGCUCCAAGGACAGCUGAAAUCAUCACUAAAUCCCCCAGAGCUGCAGAAUAUUACAGUACUUCUAUAGGUGGGAUGUCUCCUCAUCCAGCUCUGGACAGGGAUAAGGAGAAGCCUUUGGAAACAAAGUGAGCUGCUCAUGGCACUGCUCGGAUCAGUGUUCCAGCUGGGAUAAAACUGGUAAGUGCUGCUGCCCCAUACUUACCUAAAUUUUUUAUUCAUUUGGACAUUCCCAAGAGAAAUGCAAGUAUUUUGCCACAUGGGAUGUUUAAUCUUAUUAACCAGCCAGGCUAUUAAUAAGAACAAAGUAAAAAACUGAGAAGUUUGCUUUUUGUUGCAAGAUAGGAAGAUAAAACUGUGAAAUUCGAAGCUUUUUGAAUGUUCCCAGCAAAUCCUAAACUAGGUAGAAAAGCCAGUGAACAGAAUCCAUUAAAGCUGCAUUUAUAAAUGUCCACUUGUAUAAAAAGCUAAAAAUAGCGUUUGAGUUUUUCCAAUUUUCCUUUGAUGACUGUUAUUAUGAUUUUUCUGCUUCAUCUCAGAAAGUCAUUUUGCUGCUGCUGCUGCAGUGUAUAAUCUGUGUGCCCUUUCCUGGUGCAGCACAAAUGACAGAGCACUAAUCAGAUCAGAACAACAAUCACGUCAUCUUUGAGUAACUAGCAAUAAACUGUUUUUAUAAGGAAGAAAGAUGAACUAUUUUUAGGGUAACUGAACAGAAAACCAGAAAAUGAUUGUAUUCAGUCUUACUCCACAUCAUUGCUGUGAGUUUCCAAGGCAUUGCUUUUUCCUGGGCAGCAGGCUAAUCCCUGUCAUACAUCUUAAUCUAAACGGUCCAGUCAAAUAGGAUUUCUAAGGUUUGGUUAAGAGUUUGGACUUGAAGUCUGUGAAAUCCCUUUUCUCCCUGCCCUGUCUAGUGACUCCGAACCACAGGCUGAUUCCUAAGUAACCUAAAUGUCCAUUUUUGGUGAUUAUCCCACGUUUUCAGCAUGUCUCAUAUCUCCUUGUCUGUGUUAUUUUACUAUUGCUGUCAAGCCUUCAGCAAACGCCUCCGUUGGAAGUCCAGGACUGGGAGUGCCGUGGCUUUCCCAGCUCCGCAGCCCUGUGCAGGUGGGAAUGAUGGCACAGAGAGGCACAGAGCACCCAGGUGUCUCUGGAGAUGGCCCCCACACAGCCUGGCCUUUCCUGAGCUUCUCCCUGCCAGAGAUUCCCUCCCUGCCUCGCCAAACCCUGCAGCAAUCAGCUCCUGCAGCAGGGGGUGGUGGCACAGCUCUACCUGUGCCUGUGCCUUCCUUCCACCCUGGCCAGGGCUCCCUGCUCUUCCCCCUGGCCUGGGGAGGGGCAGUGUGCAGCUGUUGGGAAAAACUAUCUCCAGCUAUUUGGCAGUGUGGGAGGGCUGGCAUGA